UAUACAAAUUCCUUCUAAACAAAAUUUACUCAUUGUAAAAGUUAUUUAUCCUUGCCUAAACUUCAAAUAUGCUUUCUAAACUUAUUUAUAUCUCCUGUACUCUGAUAUUUCUUAAUGACAAUUAAUAAGUUCAUUUAUUGGUUCUAAACUUCAGAUAUAUUGUCUAUUCUGUCACCACAGUUCAGCUCGCGCGGUAUUUUAAUUUUAUGGCAAACAAUAUGGCGGAAAGGAUAAAUACUUCCCAAAUACUGCCCCAAAAUAACCAAAAUGGGGAUGGAAGAAGUGAGAGAACGGUUGACGGUUUAAUAACAAAUGCUAUCGAAAGUAUUUCGCGCCUUCGAGAAAUGCGACCUGCUAUAAAUAAUGCCCAACAAACUCAGCCGUCUCCAACGAUGGCAUCAGAGAUUGUUCGACUGUUUCCCACCUUUCAACAUGCGGCCAGUCCGGCCACAAAUGCUAACCGAAAUCAAGUUCAAAAUCUGGAUCGGCAAAGAGUGUCAAACAACAAGCGACGUCAUACGAAAGUGCUACCUUCACGCAGUAAAAUACCAAAGAAAAAGAAGCUUGUGCACAAAGAUAUUGUAUUCAUAUUUAAUCCAUCAGUUGAUAAAGUACCGACGCACCAAACACGAUUAAGGCUGGAAAAGAAGGGUCGCAUUAUCCAUGAUUUUCCAUUUGAUAGAGACUGGGUGGAAUGGCAAAUGUGCUCAGCUAUAGAACAAGAAAUGCCUAUGCUGGCAAACGGAGAAUAUGAAUUUUUAAAGGCAUCAUAUGGAAGUUUGAUAAGGCCUAAACUAUCUAGCAAUUGCACCCUAACAUGUGAUGCUUUAAUGCGAAUCACAGGCCAGGGGUCUGUUUAUGUAAGGACACUUCAACAAUUGUCAGACGAAGAGAGUGAUGAGGAGAUAGUUGAAGAAUGUGAGGUUAGAAUGCCAACACCAGCUACUUUAACACCAGACACAUCUCAAACAAGUAGCUCCACUAAUGAAUUGUCUGGUAUGGAAAUUCUUGUACAGAAGACAAACAUGCGAGAUGCUCUACAAGAAAACCCUUUUGACGAAGUAGAUGAACUUCCAGAUCAGAUUUUUGAACAUGAAAGUGAAGAAGAACGUCCAGAUGGUAACAGUACUGUAUCUACCGAAGACUUGCCCUCAAUUGAGACUCCAGGUAGUCCUUCCAUUUACGAAAUCAUUAUCCCACGAAGCGACAUACUUAAGUCAAUGAUAUCUGAAUUCAGUAAACCCAGUGUUUUACAGUGCUGUUUAAUAUUUGGAAUCAAGGGAGACAAUGGCGUAACUGAAAUGGGUCGAGGUGCAGGUGUAACCCGCGAGUUGCUAAGCCUUUUCUGGAGGGAGUUUUCGGUGGUUGUUGCAACAGGAUCAGCAGAAAAAGUGCCUGUAAUAAGGCACGAUUUUCAAAAGCUGGAGUGGCAAAGUGUUGCGCGAAUCCUUUUAUUUGGGUUCAAACAAGAGAACUACUUUCCCUUGUUUAUCUCAAAAGCAUUCAUUGGCUGUUGUCUUUUUGGGGAGGAAGCUGUAAAUAAAGAGUGUCUGCUUGAAUCUUUCAGCUUUUAUAUUUCAAAGGACGAGCAAGAGACCAUGAAGAAAUGCUUGAAAGGUGAGUUAGAUCCUAUUAAAGAUGACGUGAUGGAUCUUCUUAGUAGCUAUAAAUGUUACCGUCGGCCAACCAAAGAAAGUAUUCAAGUGAUUUUUGAAGAACUGGCUCACCAAGAACUGAUCCAAAAACCAAAAUACGUAUCAAAUACAUGGAGUAGUGAACUGCAGUCACUUAAACAACAUCCCGAAUUUCAUGAUAUUCACAGCAUGUCGCCAUGUCGGUUAUGUAUGCUAUGAAACAACCUCAUCAAAGCGUGUCAUAAAUCUACUUUCUGCCGAACCCAAGUCCGAAAGCGAGCGGAUGUGUUUUGAUCACCUAAAGAGAUACAUCAAGUCAUUUAAUGAAAACACUUUGGCUGCAUUUUUACAAUUUGUCACUGGGAGUGACAUCAUCACCGUCGAGAAGAUUGAGGUUUCAUUUAAUACAACAAUUGGCGUUACACGGGUGAUUGUUGCCCAUACAUGUUCACCUAUGCUGGAGUUGCCAUCGACGUAUCAGAGCUAUAGCGAACUUUCGGAGGAAAUGACCAAUAUGUUAAGCAAUUCCUUUGCUUGGUCGAUUAUCAUAGUAUGAAUCGGAACGAUGCCUAUAUGCAAACAUUUAUAAAGAAGUGACUUAAUAUUUAUGCACAUGUGAAUUGAGAUUAUUAAUUACUUACAUGGAUUGUUAACGUUAUAAAACAACUUCAACUUGAUAAGAUUGUGGAUUUUUCACCUAUAAACCUUGUUCCAAUACAAAUUUGGUUGUCAGUCUUAAUAAUAAGUGAUAAUACGUGUCUUAAUAAUACGUGUAUCUUCAGAUUAUUCAUACAGUGUUCAAUAAAGUUAUGUUAACCGGGUGUAUAUAGCUAUCAUCAUCCUUCACUAUAUAUUAUAGCUAAAGUUUAUUUAAUUUAAUUAUCCGUUAUGCGUGAUAUUUCUAAAAGCCAUUAAAUACUUCCCCCUUACGAUGAUUUUAUCAGCGCUAUCACAUUCAGGGAAGGGGCGGAAUAUUAAUUUACCGUAUCCUUUUCAAAUUUUUUUCCAUAGUUUUUUUUUCAUACCACUUAAAUGCAUGCAUGUUAUAUUUGUUACAAGGACUGAGUUUUGAUAUAACAUGCAAAGAUUUACUAAACGUGGAUAUAAUAUUAAUAUCAUUAACGAACGAUUAAUGUCUUCUUAGAUUUUAGCUUUAU